GUAUUGAACGCACCUAAUAAACAAAUCAUGGCGGACGCUGCUGCACGUCAAUUACAAUACGAGUAUAAAGCGAAUUCCAAUCUCGUUUUACAAGCUGAUGUCCGAUUGAUAGAAAGACGCAGCCGAGAUGAAGCUACCGGUGAGGUUAUGUCUCUCGUGGGAAAAUUGGAUGGUACUCGUAUGGGUGAUAGAGCCCAGCGUACCAAACCUGGAAAAGCAGAGGAGAGAAAAGUCAAACGACAAAAACGUGAUGAAGCACAAUAUGACUUCACUCGUAUGAAAGGAGCGACUUUAUUAUCUGAAGGUGUAGAUGAAAUGGUUGGUAUUGUAUAUCGUCCAAAAACACAAGAGACACGUCAAACUUAUGAAGUAUUACUCAGUUUCAUACAAGAAGCUUUGGGUGACCAACCACGUGAUAUUCUUUGCGGUGCAGCUGACGAAGUACUAGCUGUAUUAAAAAAUGAUCGACUUAAAGAAAAAGAAAAAAAAAAAGAAACUGAACUUUUACUUGGUUUAUUAGCAGAAGAAAGAUUUGCAUUGCUUGUAAAUCUUGGUAAGAAGAUCACGGAUUUUGGUAGCGAUGAAAAAAGUACAACAAAUGAUGAAAAUAUUGACGAAACAUAUGGGAUCAAUGUACAGUUUGAAGAGAGUAGCGAGGAAGAUGAUGAAGAUGUAUAUGGAGAAGUACGAGAAAAUGAAGACGAAGGUGAUGAGGGUGAAGAAGCUAAUGAUGACAGAGCUAUUCAUGCAGAAAACCUGGGUGGAACAGAAGAAAUGAAGAAGGAAAAACCAUUACAUCCAUUAGACAUUGAUGCAUAUUGGUUGCAAAGAAGAUUAAGUAGGAUAUAUGAUGAUGCCAUGGUAUCGCAAGCGAGAGCUGCUGAAGUACUAGCUGUCUUGAAAGAUGCCGCAGACGAUCGUGAAUGCGAAAAUCAACUUGUGCUUUUAUUAGGCUACGAUUGUUUUGAUUUCAUUAAACAGCUUAAAAAAUACAGACAUACAGUUGCAUACUGUACGAUGUUGGCCUCAUCGCAGUCCGAAUCAGAAAGACAAAAAAUCCGAAACAAAAUGAAUGAUGACCCGGUGCUUGCCAAAAUCUUGCGGCAAUUAGAUACAGGUAAAGGUGAAGACGAUGCUGAUGAGACAAUGGAAGCGAGAUCCCAGCGCAAAAGACGGGAAGAGAAUGAGGAUACUGGAGGACCUGGAGGACAGGUUCAAGGUACAAGAAAUUUGAUAGAUUUGGAGGAUCUUAUAUUUGCUCAGGGAAGUCAUUUCAUGGCAAACAAGCGUUGCCAAUUACCUGACGGAAGUUUCCGAAAACAGCGAAAAGGAUAUGAAGAAGUUCACGUUCCUGCUCUAAAACCGAAACCAUUUGCAGAUAAUGAAAAAUUGCAUCCAAUUGAGCAAUUGCCUAAGUAUGUGCAACCUGCUUUUGAUGGUUUCAAAACGCUGAAUCGUAUACAAAGUCGCUUAUAUCAGACGGCAUUGGAGAGCGAUGAGAAUCUACUCCUGUGUGCUCCAACAGGAGCUGGUAAAACUAAUGUAGCUCUGCUGUGCAUGAUGCGAGAAAUUGGAAGACACAUAAACGCUGAUGGUACAAUCAAUGCAGAUGAAUUCAAAGUAAUUUAUGUUGCUCCAAUGCGUUCGCUGGUACAAGAAAUGGUCGGCAAUUUCCGCAAGCGAUUGUCAACAUAUAAUCUGACUGUUUCCGAAUUAACGGGUGAUCAUCAAUUAACACGAGAACAAAUUGCCGCUACUCAAGUAAUAGUAUGUACCCCGGAAAAGUGGGAUAUUAUAACAAGAAAGGGUGGCGAAAAAACUUUCACAUCAUUAGUACGAUUGAUUAUUAUCGACGAGAUUCAUUUAUUACAUGACGAAAGAGGUCCUGUUCUGGAAGCACUGGUCGCAAGGACGAUACGAAACAUCGAAACUACUCAAGAAGAUGUGCGUCUUGUUGGUUUAUCGGCUACAUUACCCAAUUAUCAAGACGUUGCAGCAUUUUUGCGCAUUAAACCGGAGACAGGACUAUUCUAUUUUGACAACAGUUUCCGGCCUGUAGCUUUAGAACAGCAGUAUAUCGGCGUUACGGAGAAGAAAGCAUUGAAGCGUUUUCAAGUAAUGAAUGAGAUCGUCUAUGAAAAGACCAUGGAACACGCUGGCAGGAAUCAAGUACUGAUAUUUGUGCACUCACGUAAGGAAACCGGAAAAACAGCACGUGCUAUUCGAGACAUGUGCCUGGAGAAAGAUACCUUAGGUCAAUUUCUUAGGGAAGGUUCCGCGUCGAUGGAGGUUUUGAGAACAGAAGCAGAGCAAGUAAAAAAUCAAGAGCUUAAAGAUUUGUUACCAUAUGGUUUUGCGAUUCAUCACGCUGGUAUGACUCGUGUGGAUCGCACGCUAGUGGAGGAUCUCUUCGCUGAUAGACACAUACAAGUUCUCGUAUCUACAGCGACUUUAGCUUGGGGUGUCAAUUUGCCGGCUCAUACAGUUAUUAUCAAGGGUACUCAGGUGUAUAACCCGGAGAAAGGUAGAUGGGUAGAGCUGGGCGCUUUAGACGUACUGCAAAUGUUAGGACGAGCCGGUCGACCGCAGUACGAUACUAAAGGCGAGGGUAUCCUUAUCACAAAUCAUAGCGAACUGCAGUAUUAUCUAUCGCUUUUAAAUCAGCAAUUACCCAUUGAAUCCCAAUUAAUCAGUAAGAUGUCCGAUAUGUUGAAUGCGGAAGUAGUGCUAGGAACGAUCCAGAAUAUCAGAGAUGCGGUUACCUGGCUUGGUUAUACUUAUCUUUACAUUAGAAUGCUUCGUUGUCCCAAUCUAUACGGGAUAAGUCAUGACAAAUUGAAACAAGAUCCUUUAUUAGAACUCCAUAGAGCUGAUCUAAUUCAUUCAGCUGCAGUCGGAUUGGAUCGUAGUGGUUUAAUCAAAUAUGAUCGUAAAUCUGGUAAUUUUCAGGCGACCGAAUUGGGUAGAAUAGCAUCUCAUUAUUAUUGCACUCACGAAACGAUGUCUACGUAUAAUCAGUUGCUGAAGCGCACAUUGAGCGAGAUAGAAUUGUUCCGGGUGUUUUCACUGUCGAGCGAGUUCAAAAAUAUAAAUGUCAGGGAGGAAGAAAAACUAGAGUUGCAAAAGCUGAUGGAAAGAGUACCAAUACCGGUGAAAGAGAGCAUUGAGGAACCAAGUGCGAAAGUGAAUGUGCUAUUGCAAGCAUACAUCUCGCAGUUGAAACUUGAAGGAUUCGCUCUUAUGUCUGAUAUGGUAUUUGUGACACAAUCCGCCUCACGUCUCAUGAGAGCUAUCUUUGAGAUAGUUCUGUUCCGUGGAUGGGCACAAUUAGCAGACAAAUGCCUAUCUAUCUGUAAGAUGAUCGAUCGCAGGAUGUGGCAAUCAAUGUCGCCACUCAGACAAUUCCGUAAAAUGCCGGAAGAAAUAGUGAAGAAGAUCGAGAAGAAGAAUUUUCCAUGGGAGAGGCUGUACGAUCUGGGACCCAAUGAGAUUGGCGAAUUGAUCCGCGUGCCGAAACUAGGCAAAACCAUUCACAAAUACGUCCAUCAAUUUCCAAAGUUAGGUUUGUCCACGCAUAUCCAGCCAAUUACGCGUUCCACUCUAAGAGUUGUGCUGACUAUCACACCGGAUUUCCAAUGGGAUGAGAAAGUUCACGGUAUGUCGGAAGCGUUUUGGAUCUUAGUCGAAGACGUGGAUUCGGAGGUAAUUUUGCAUCACGAAUAUUUCUUAUUGAAGGCCAAAUACGCAGCUGAUGAACAUGUAAUUAAGUUUUUUGUGCCAGUCUUUGAGCCUUUGCCGCCACAAUACUUUUUGCGCGUUGUAUCCGAUCGGUGGAUUGGGGCGGAGACACAAUUGCCUGUAAGCUUUCGACAUCUGAUAUUGCCUGAAAAAAAUCUUCCGCCUACGGAAUUGCUGGAUUUGCAGGCGCUGCCAAUAACAGCGUUGCGAAAUACUAAAUUCGAGAAUAUCUAUUCUGCUUUUCCACAGUUCAAUCCAAUUCAGACGCAAGUGUUCAACGCGAUUUAUAAUUCCGACGAUAAUGUAUUUGUUGGAGCACCCACAGGUUCAGGAAAAACGACCAUUGCGGAAUUUGCAGUGCUAAGGUUAUUGACGCAGAAUCCGGAAGGACGGUGUGUAUAUAUGGUUAGCAAAGAGGCUUUAGCUGAAUUGGUUUAUGCUGAUUGGGCAGCAAAAUUUGGUCAACAGUUGGGAAGAAAAGUUGUCUUACUAAGCGGCGAAACAGGAACGGAUUUGAAGUUACUUGCCAAAGGACAGAUUAUUAUCACCACGGCGGAUAAAUGGGACGUUUUAUCACGUAGAUGGAAGCAACGAAAAAAUGUCCAAAACAUCCAGUUGUUUAUCGUGGAUGAAUUGCAAUUGAUUGGUGGUGAAGAAGGCCCUGUGCUAGAAGUUGCAUGUUCGCGAGCACGUUACAUCUCUUCGCAGCUUGACAAACCUACUAGAAUAAUAGCAUUAUCAGCUUCAUUGGCUGAUGCCAAAGACGCAGCACAGUGGUUGGGUGCACCGGCAGCUGCAACUUUCAAUUUUCACCCUACUGUGCGACCGGUACCUUUGGAGUUGCACGUGCAAGGUAUAAAUGUCACUCAUAAUGCGUCAAGAUUAGCUGCCAUGGCAAAACCAGUAUAUAAUGCAAUUCUUCGACACGCUGCACAUAAACCGGUGAUCGUAUUUGUACCCACUCGUCGACAAGCAAGAUUAACAGCCAUCGACUUGCUGACAUUCACGGCAGCUGAAGGUCAACCCUCGAGAUUCUUUCACGCGGAAGAAGCUGACAUUAAACCAUUUCUCGAUCGAAUGAGUGACAAAACACUGAAGGAAACUUUGUCGCAAGGUGUAGCUUAUCUUCACGAGGGUUUAUCGGCCGACGAUCGUCAUUUAGUUGAACAAUUAUUUGACAGUGGAGCAAUCCAAGUUGCGGUCGCCACGAGGGAUCUCUGUUGGGGUUUAUCUAUCAGCUCCCAUCUUGUCGUAGUCAUGGAUACACAGUGCUAUAAUGGCAAGACACAUGCCUAUGAGGAUUAUCCGAUCACAGACGUUCUGCAGAUGGUAGCACGAGCUAAUCGGCCGUUAGAAGAUGAAGACGCCAAAUGCGUACUGUUGUGUCAAAGCUCAAAAAAAGAUUUUUUUAAGAAGUUUUUGAAUGAACCAUUACCGGUAGAGAGUCACUUGGAUCGCCGGUUGCAUGAUCACUUCAAUGCGGAGAUUGUGACGAAGACGAUCGAGAACAAACAAGAUGCGGUCGAUUACCUCACGUGGACUUUUCUGUAUCGACGACUCACUCAAAAUCCUAAUUACUAUGGCCUGCAAGGUGUCACACAUCGGCACCUCUCAGAUCAUCUAUCCGAGUUAGUCGAGAGCACGUUAACUGAUUUAGAACAAGCCAAAUGUGUCGCCGUGGAAGACGAAAUGGAUACUUUGCCUCUUAACCUCGGAAUGAUUGCUGCCUAUUACUAUAUCAAUUACGCUACUAUCGAAUUGUUCAGUCUAUCUCUUAAUAACAAGACGAAGAUCAGAGGUUUGCUAGAAAUUAUUUCAGCGGCUGCUGAGUAUGAGAGCGUUCCAGUGCGGCAAAGAGAAGAAAAUUUACUGAGAAGUUUGGCUGCACGUUUACCGCAUGCUCCACAGGCUGCUAGAAUGGCUGAUCCUCAUGUGAAGGCGCAACUUCUUCUGCAAGCUCAUUUAUCGAGGAUACAGUUAGGCCCAGAAUUACAAAAGGAUACUGAACUGGUGUUGAGUAAGGCCGUAAGACUGAUACAAGCUUGCGUCGAUGUCUUAAGCUCCUCUGGAUGGUUAGCACCUGCUGUUGCCGCUAUGGAACUUGCGCAGAUGGUGACGCAAGCAAUGUGGUCUAAAGAUUCUUAUUUGAAACAAUUGCCGCACUUUACAGCAGAGACCAUCAAGCGCUGCACCGACAAAGGCGUGGAAACUGUAUUUGAUGUCAUGGAACUUGAAGAUGACGAUCGAAAUCGGCUAUUACAGUUAACGGAUGCGCAGAUGGCAGACGUGGCCAAAUUUUGCAACCGAUAUCCUAAUAUUGAGAUGUCAUAUGAAGUACAGGAGAAAGACAAAUUGCACAGUGGUGGCACGGUAAAUGUGAUUGUACAACUGGAACGAGAAGACGAGGUAAUCGGGCCGGUAGUCGCGCCGUUUUUUCCGCAAAAACGUGAGGAAGGUUGGUGGGUAGUGAUUGGCGACCCGAAGAGCAACUCCUUGCUCUCUAUCAAACGUCUAACAUUACAACAGAAGGCAAAGAUCAAGUUGGAUUUUGUCGCUCCUGCACCUGGUCAGCAUUCCUACACUUUGUACUUUAUGAGUGAUGCUUAUCUUGGUUGCGAUCAAGAAUACAAGUUCAUCAUCAACGUCGGAGAAUACGAAUCGGAUGCUAGUUCCGGUUCAGAUUCUGAUUGAAAUCAUUAAACUUAAUAUGUUCCAUAAUAUAUAUUAUUUUUUUGUACCAUAUGUAGGUAUGUCAAAAGUAUUAUAUAUCACUCAUACAAUAUAUAUCUCAUAAAAAUAUAUAUAUCACUCAUAUAAUAUUUUUUUUUUAUUUGUUAACAGUAAAUCGGAGUAAUCUGUAUUAGUAGUAAUUAUAAUUUUUAUUCUACAAAUUCAAUUUCAAAUAUUUUAAUUGUCUUUCAAUUGUCCUUAUUCUAAUAGCACAUAUGUGAAAUAAAAAAAUUGUACGUCUCA